CCCGAGUAGUGAGUCAAGACCCCUCAAUAGAAGUUAACCUGUUUGGUCUAGGUGUUGAGGCGCAGAAUUCUUGAUUGUGCACCGUCACCAUGGUGGACCUCAGGUCUGGGACUAGUACCACCCCCUAUAGUAAGGAGCAAGAAGAGGGAGCUGCCGGUAUUCUGCGAGAGAGGAAGGAGAGAAUGGAGAAGAGGGAACUGAUUAAGCAGGCCAAGAUGCUGGCCAUGCUGGAGGAGCAAGAGGCCAAGAAGAAGCAGUUGGAGGAGGAGUUGAAGAAGGAGCAGGAGGCGAAGAUGGCGACAAUACAAGAGGAGGUGGAGAAAGAAGAAGAAGAAGAAGAAGAAGAAGAAGAAGAAGAAGAAGAAGAAGAAGAAGAAGAAGAAGAGGAGGAAGAAGUAGAGGAAGAAGAGCCAUUGGAGAGAAGGAGAGGGGAAGCCAGCACAAGCAAAGAAAUUGAGAUUGCCAGGAUUGCACAAGAGUGGGCUGCACAUUUAGAGUUGGGGGAAGACAGGGAGGCCGAGAUGGCCAUACCCCAGGAAGAAAGAGAAGCGGCAAGGAGGCAGAUUGAGACAAAAAGGGACCCGGUGAGGAGAAGGGCGAAGGAGGAAGAACAACAAAUGGCAUGGAGAUACCGGCUGUCCCAAGAGAGGGUAAGGCGAUUGGAAGCGGCGGAAAGGGCAGAGAAGGAUCUGAAAGCUGCGGAGUCCAAGAUGGGGAAAAUUAGGGAAGAGACGGAGUUAGCCACUAAACUCAACACCCUGACUCAAAGUGUAGAGUCGUUACUAACUGCACACCACGAACAAGCGCAAUAUAUCCGCAGCUUAGAAGUAAAGGUAGAUGCAAUGCGUGUUGGGUUCAAAGACUUCGCAAGUGACAUGAUGAAAUACUUACUGGCUGAAGUCCAUAACGCAAUUAGUAAGACUCGAGAGUUCUGCACUGGCGCCAUUGAAGGCGCCAAGUUGGCGACUCCUAAGGAAGAGGAGCCAUCCCCACCACGUCGUGAGAAGGUCAAGGCAGCAGGAGCCACAUUGCACCUCAGAGAGCACGAAUGUAGGCUCCCUAGCGUGUCAGGCAAAGUCAAGCAAGUCCGCCUGUGCCAUGAGUCCGAGGUAGAUAAUCCCCUUGCCCAUUGCUGCCUCAGUGCUCCUGCAUUCGCCAGACUUGUGCGGAAGGAGCAGCUCGAAGAGCAAGUGUUCUUAGCCUAUGUUAGGCCAAUUUCUGAUCAGCCAAAGGAAGAGGAGAAGAUCCAUCCUACUAUUGCCAGUCUGCUGGAGGAAUACAAGGAUUUAUCUGAAGCACCCACGGGAAUAGUGCCCAGACCGAUUCAGCGCCGAAUCGAGAUAGAACCUGGCGGUAGAACGCCUAAGGGGGCAGUCUAUAGAAUGUCUCCCAAGGAAUUAGAGGAGCUUCGCAGACAAUUAGAUGAGCUCCUAGAGAAAGGGUGGAUCAGGCCUAGCUCAGCACCGUUUGGUGCACCUGUUCUGUUUGUCCCAAAGAAGGAAGGAGAACUACGUAUGUACAUAGACUACAGGGGACUGAACGCCAUCACCAUUAAGAAUGCAGAGCCAUUGCCACGUACAGACGAUUUGCUAGAUCGCGUGCAGGGAUGUAAGUAUUUUUCAAAGACAGAUCUAAAGUCAGGAUACCAUCAGAUAGAAGUGCACCCUGGCGAUCAGUAUAAGACGGCGUUUAGGACAAGGAAGUUCGUAAGGAACUUCUCCACGAUCGCUGCUCCCCUUCGUAGGUUGCUGAAGAAAGAGACUAUCUGGAAGUGGGACAAGGAUUGUACGUCAGCCUUCAAGAAAUUAAAGAAGGCCUUAAUAGAAUACCCUGUCCUCAAAGUUGUUGACCCGUCAUUACCAUUUGUCGUCACUACAGACGCUAGUCAAUAUGGCAUAGGUGCCGUCCUACAGCAAGAUGACGGCAACGAUUAUAGGCCCGUAGAGUUCAUGUCAGCCAGCCUGCCCUCAGAGAAAGUUGCAGCAUCGACAUAUGAGAGGGAACUCUACGCUGUCAGGCAGGCUUUAGACCACUGGAAGCAAUACCUGCUUGGGAGGCACUUCAAGGUAUAUUCUGAUCACGAGACUCUUAGAUGGCUAAAGACUCAGGCCAAGAUGACUCCCAAGUUGACUAGAUGGGCUGCUGAGAUAGAUCAGUUUGACUUUGAGUUGAAGCCCGUUAAAGGAAAGUACAAUGUGGUAGUUGAUGCCCUGAGUAGGAGAGUUGAUUACUUCGGCGCGAUAGUGCACUAUCUAGACAUAGGGGCAGACCUGCAGCAAAAGAUCACGGAUGCAUAUGCUCAGGAUCCAAUCUGCAGUGAAUUGAUGAAGAGAGUAAGGGAGACCCCAGAUAGCGAGUCGCACUACCGAACCCCGAACGGGCUACUGUUUGAGAAGACCAAUGUCGAUGACAGACUAUGCGUCCCCAAUAGCGAAGAGAUCCGCAGCCUGAUCUUAGGGGAAUGCCACGAUACAGAAGGGCACUUCGGAUGGCAAAAGACUCUAGCUAACCUGAUGAUGUCAUAUACGUGGCCAGACAUGAAAGCAGAUUGCAUAGAGUAUGUGCGCAGCUGCAAGGUGCCCGGAGAGGAAGUGGGCUGUGAAGAAGACAGUGUCCAUAGCGAACCAGUGAGGAAGACACUGGCCGCCAUAGCUAGAAGGAGGAAGACAACGACGGCCAUAGCCGCCCAGCUGUUGGUGCAGACAGAUUGUACAGAGUGUGAGUGGCUGUGCAGUGUGGACAUUCAGGGUGAUCCUCGUACGUGCGUGCAUGCGAGAGUGUGGGGAAGUGAGGCUGGUGGUAGAGACGGUGUUCGGCGGUCAUAGCCGCAAGUUGUACAGUUGAUUCGGACUGAGUGUAAUACAAGG